AUGACAACGAAUUCUUUUUCUAACGUAUUAUGCAAUCUGGAAACACCUUGUAACAAAAAUGUUGAACCAUGUGAUAAAAAAAAUAUUGAAAAUACAUUGAACAAUGAAAUAAAAUUAUCGAAAACAUAUAUAGACAGUCUAUUAGUAGCAACAUAUGUUGUUAAAAAACGUAUAGGUAUUCAGCAAAAGUAUAAUAAAAUAGGAGAAAAAGUAUUUGAAUUAUGUCUGGAGCUGGUAAGUAAACAUGAGACUUUUUUUAAUAAUUUGACAAAUGAACUAAAUAUAUCAAGAGAUAACAUUAAAGAAGUUAUAAAAAUCGUUUUGAGAAAUGUCUUGAAAGACUCAAUUAAUUUCGGAAGAAUAACUUCGAUUUUAGCCGUUUGUAUGAUAGUCAGUGAACAUUGUUAUAAAAAUGAAUCGAUGUCAGACAAAGUAUGUUUAAUUGUAGAAACUACUGCUGAAAUUAUCUAUGAAAAUAGGAAAUGGUUUGAAGCUAAUGGUGCAUGGGAUGGACUAAUGAAGUAUUUUUUUAAUCCUACAGACUACUUUUGGAAAGGUUUUGUAGUAACUACUGUUGGAUUAGGCGCAAUGGCUGGUCUAUUGUAUGCAAAAUCAUAA